AUGGUCAGCUGGGAUUUGGGUUGCCUUAUCUGCCUGGUGGUGGUCACCAUGGCUGGACUUUCCCUGGCUCGACCUUCGUUUAAUUUAGUUGUUGAAGACACCACGGUGGAACCCGAAGAGCCGCCAACCAAAUACCAAAUCUCUCAGCCAGAUGUUUACUCAGCACUUCCAGGAGAGCCGCUUGAGUUGCGCUGUCAAUUGAGAGACGCCGUCAUGAUCAGUUGGACUAAGGAUGGGCUCCCUUUGGGGCCUGACAAUAGGACAGUGAUUAUUGGGGAGUACUUACAAAUUAAGGAUGCCACAGCCAGAGAUUCGGGCCUCUAUGCUUGCACUGCUGUUAGGACCCUAGACAGUGAUACUCUGUACUUCAUUGUAAAUGUUACAGAUGCUCUUUCCUCUGGGGAUGAUGAAGAUGACAAUGAUGGGUCCGAGGACUUUGUGAAUGACAGCAACCAGAUGAGGGCGCCUUACUGGACACACACGGACAAAAUGGAGAAGAGGCUCCACGCCGUGCCGGCCGCCAACACCGUCAAGUUCCGCUGCCCGGCCAUGGGGAACCCAACGCCGACCAUGCGCUGGCUCAAAAACGGGAAGGAGUUCAAGCAGGAGCAUCGCAUUGGCGGGUACAAGGUCCGUAACCAGCACUGGAGCCUCAUCAUGGAGAGCGUGGUGCCAUCAGACAAAGGGAACUACACGUGCAUAGUGGAGAACCAGUACGGGUCCAUCAACCACACCUACCACCUCGACGUGGUUGAGCGCUCCCCGCACCGGCCCAUCCUCCAGGCGGGGCUCCCCGCCAACGCCUCGGCCGUGGUCGGGGGCGAUGCCGAGUUUGUCUGCAAGGUCUACAGCGAUGCCCAGCCCCACAUCCAGUGGAUCAAGCACGUGGAGAAGAACGGCAGUAAAUACGGGCCGGAUGGGCUGCCCUAUCUCCAGGUUUUAAAGGCUGCCGGUGUUAACACCACGGACAAAGAAAUUGAGGUUCUCUAUAUACGGAAUGUAACUUUUGAGGAUGCUGGGGAGUAUACAUGCUUGGCGGGUAAUUCUAUUGGGAUAUCCUUUCACACUGCAUGGUUGACAGUUCUGCCAGCUCCUGAGAAAGAGAAGGAAUACCCAGCCUCUCCAGACUACCUGGAAAUAGCAAUUUACUGCAUAGGGGUGUUCCUGAUUGCCUGCAUGGUGCUGACAGUGGUCCUGUGCCACAUGAAGAACACCACCAAGAAGCCAGAUUUCAGCAGCCAGCCCGCUGUCCACAAGCUCACCAAGAGAAUCCCCCUGCGCAGACAGGUGUCGGCCGACUCGAGCUCCUCCAUGAAUUCCAACACUCCUCUGGUGAGGAUCACCACCCGCCUCUCCUCCACUGCUGAUGCCCCCAUGCUGGCAGGAGUCUCGGAGUAUGAACUGCCAGAAGACCCAAAGUGGGAGUUCCCAAGAGAUAAGCUGACGCUGGGCAAACCCCUGGGAGAAGGAUGCUUUGGGCAAGUGGUCAUGGCUGAAGCGGUGGGGAUUGACAAGGACAGGCCAAAAGAAGCAGUGACCGUGGCAGUGAAGAUGUUGAAAGAUGAUGCCACAGAAAAAGAUCUGUCUGACCUGGUGUCAGAGAUGGAGAUGAUGAAGAUGAUAGGGAAGCAUAAAAAUAUCAUCAAUCUUCUUGGAGCCUGUACCCAAGACGGCCCCUUGUACGUGAUAGUGGAAUAUGCUUCCAAGGGGAACCUGCGGGAGUACCUGCGAGCGCGCCGCCCGCCCGGCAUGGAGUAUUCCUUCGACAUCAACAGGGUGCCCGAGGAGCAGAUGACAUUCAAGGACCUGGUGUCCUGCACCUACCAGCUGGCACGAGGCAUGGAGUACCUGGCUUCCCAAAAAUGCAUCCAUCGAGACUUGGCCGCAAGAAAUGUUUUGGUAACCGAAAACAAUGUCAUGAAAAUAGCAGACUUUGGUUUAGCCAGAGACAUCAACAAUAUAGAUUAUUAUAAAAAGACUACUAAUGGACGGCUUCCAGUAAAGUGGAUGGCUCCAGAAGCUCUGUUUGACAGAGUUUACACACAUCAAAGUGACGUCUGGUCAUUUGGUGUGCUAAUGUGGGAGAUCUUCACCUUAGGAGGGUCACCCUACCCAGGAAUCCCAGUGGAGGAACUUUUUAAGCUGCUUAAGGAAGGGCACCGGAUGGAUAAACCUGCCAACUGCACCAAUGAGCUCUAUAUGAUGAUGAGAGAUUGCUGGCAUGCUGUGCCUUCUCACAGACCCACUUUCAAGCAGUUGGUGGAGGACUUGGAUCGGAUUCUCACUCUCACAACUAAUGAGGAGUAUCUGGACCUCAGUGGGCCUCUGGAACAGUACUCACCCAGCUACCCCGACACGAGGAGCUCGUGUUCCUCGGGGGAUGACUCCGUGUUCUCUCCCGACCCGAUGCCUUACGAACCUUGUCUUCCCAAGUACCAGCACAUGAACGGGAGUGUGAAAACAUGAAAAGAGGAACAAAGAGGCAAGAACAUCAAGCUACCUACCGAGCAAAAGCUUUUCUCCAGGACCUUCAUGUUUCUGCUUGUACAUAGGAAAUAUGGAAAAACAAACAAACAAACAAAAAAAAAAAAACAAACAGGAAAAGGGGAAAAAAAAUAACCAC